AUGGCCCUUGGUGGUGCACUCCUCCGCUUCGGCGGCCUUUUCAUUCGAAUCCUCCAGUUCUGCGUCUCAGAUCGCAACAUCAGCAUUCUCAACAAAUGGCUCGCCGUCGAGGGUAUGACAGGUGCGGCGACUCUGUACGCGCUUCUCGCCUGCGUCUUCAUCCUCUUCCUGGGUGGUAAAUCAUUCUUCGGUUACCUCGGCGCUUUCCUUGAUAUCCUCUUUGUCGGAUGCUUCGCUGCUGUUGCCUACUAUACACGCGAGGGUACAAACAGCUGCAACGGCUUCGUACGAACACCGCUUGGUGACGGAGAUUCAGCGUCCUCAACUCUUGGUGGCUACGGUAGUGACGGAUUCGGAGCUGGCAGCGGCGAGAACUUGACAUAUGCUUCGAGCCUACACACAGCCUGCAUCUUCAACAGGGUCGUCUUCGCUUGUGCCAUCAUUGCCAUCUUCCUCUUCCUUCUGUCUGCUGUCUGGCAGAUCCUGAUGGUCAGACACCACAAGAAGGAGAAGAAGUUCGGCCCAAGCCCAUCCAACAACUACACCUCGGGCACUGGCAAGACACCUUUCUGGAAGCGAGGUCGACGCAACAAGAACCGACACACCAAGGACGCGGAAACUGUCGGCGCCAUGACUGCUAUGCCUCAUGGUACCGCCGUUAGACCUAGCCACGAGACCAGCACUACUCUAGGCAACAACACUCACUACCCUGAGCCCAAGUACGGUGAACAGGGUUAUGGUCACGUCAGAUCAGGCUCACCAGUCUAUGGUGAGCCAGGCUACGGUCAGAAUCACUCAGCUAUUGGUCAAGGCCAGCACAUGCAUCAAGCACCAACGCCAGGCCUGAAUCAGGGUACCUUCCACGAUAGAACCACUGCUGAUGGUCGAUUCUAA